CUUUUUAGAAAAUGCAAUUGCGCUCUAAUUCCCAUCCUGGAGUUGGAGCUAAGGUCGCGCAGCUUUCUGGGACUUGCAGUCAGGUCCAUAAUGUUUACGUAGGUCUGCGCAGACUCACGGGCCCUCCGUUUGCCCUUUGGCCCGUAAGUCCAGACCAGUCUCCAUAGCUCUCCACCUCUAUCACACUUUGUCCGGUAGCGGCCCAACCUUCUCCGGUCACGUGGGUUGUAUGCAGUGCACUCAUUGGCCUCCGGAAUUCGGAAGCUCGGGAGCUCAGCUGACUACCCCGCUGUUGGGUCUCAGUGCAUAUGGGUUGGGCUACUUCCGUCACGUUUUUGCGACGCAGGUAAAAGGCGCAGUCUGGGGGAAAAGGCGGCGACUCGGAGGAGACGUUUGAAGCCGCAAAGAGUUGGACCCACGACAAAGCCCAUAGCAGCAUGUUAUUGGCACAAUGGAAGAAUCUAAAAUUUGCAGACCAGGAGUAAAAGCAGAUUUGUUGUGUAACUCUCAAUCAAAUGAUAUUCUUCAACAUCAUGAUUCAAAUUGUGGUGGCACAGGUAACAAACAAUCACUGGAAGAGGAAGAAGGCAGUGACUUUAUAACAAAAAACAGGAAUUUGGUGAGCCGAGUAUACUGCUUGCAGGAGUCAAGAGAGAAGCCUCCUGGGCCAAAAGCUGGAAUAGAUCCUUCCGAUAGUCCACAAGGUUUAGAGUGCAACAAGAACAAAGAAAAAACCUUAGGAAAAGAAGUAUUAUUAUUGAUGCAAGCCUUAAAUACUCUCUCAACUCCAGAGGAGAAGCUGGCAGCUCUCUGUAAGAAAUAUGCCGAUCUUCUGGAGGAGAGCUGGAAUGUUCAGAAGCAAAUGAAGAUUCUGCGGAAGAAGCAAGCCCAGAUUGUGAAAGAGAAAGUUCAGUUGCAGAGUGAGCACAGCAAGGCUGUCUUGGCAAGAAGCAAACUAGAGUCUCUCUGCAGGGAACUUCAACGUUACAACAAGACAUUAAAGGAAGAAAAUAUGCAGCAGGCAAGAGAAGAAGAAGAAAGUCGUAGAAAAGCAACUUCACAUUUCCAGCUUACUUUAAAUGAAAUUCAAGCACAGCUGGAACAGCAUGACAUACACAACGCCAAACUCCGUCAGGAAAACAUUGAACUGGGAGAGAAACUGAAGAGGCUUAUUGAACAGUACACACUGAGGGAGGAGCGUAUUGAUAAAGUGUUCAAGCGUAAGGAACUGCAACAACAGCUUGUGGAUGCCAAGCUUCAGCAGACAACACAGCUCAUAAAGGAAGCUGAUGAAAAACAUCAGAGAGAGAGAGAGUUUUUAUUAAAAGAAGCAACAGAAUCGAGGUACAAAUAUGAAGAAAUGAAACAUCAAGAAGCACAAUUAAAACAGCAGCUUUCUCUUUAUAUGGAUAAGUUUGAAGAAUUCCAGACUACCAUGACAAAAAGCAAUGAACUUUUUACAACCUUCCGGCAGGAAAUGGAAAAGAUGACAACGAAAAUUAAGAAACUGGAAAAAGAAAUGAUAAUUUGGCGUACCAAAUGGGAAAAUAAUAAUAAAGUACUUCUGCAAAUGGCUGAAGAGAAAACUAUUCGUGAUAAAGAGUACAAGGCCUCUCAAAUGAAACUGGAACGGUUAGAGAAGCUCUUUAGAGCUCUUCAAAUGGAAAGAAAUGAGCUCAAUGACAAGGUGGAAGUCCUGAAAGAGCAAGUCUCUGUAAAAGAAGCAGAUGUAGUUUUAGCAACAGCUGUGAUACAGCCCUGUACUACUAUUGAUUCUCAGAAAGAGUUGAACACUUCCUCUAAAAGAGCUCCAGGAAUCUACUUGCAGGAUGAGACCAAGGCAGCAAAUAAAUCAAAACGCAGUUCAAAACACCCUUACCACAUGAUCUCUUCUGGGCAUUGAUUCAGUUAAUGAGAUGAUGACUGUAUUGAGAGAUAUAUUUUCUAUAUAACUUUUCUGUAGCAGCUAGUAUUGAUUUUCAAAUGAAAGUUUUCUUACUUUUUCUACCACUUCUGUAUUUUCUUAGAACUAUUGAACUACAUGAUACAUGAGGCUACUUAGCAGUUUUCCAUUGUUUUAAUGUAUACAUUUUCAGAGCUGUAUUGCAUACCUUCCUUAUUUUCUCUUUCAUUGGAAUAUAUAUUCAUUGCCUUGGCCUUUUAAUGUAUCUGUUCAUGUGUUCAUUGCCUUAUCUUUGCCCUUUUCAUAUAAUUAUCAUGAUUAAAUUUAGACUGGUUCUGACGUUGCUUUCCUGUGUAAAAACUAAAAUUAAUUUAAACUCUCUAGUCCACUAACUAAAAAGAGAAAAUAUAAAGGUGAUUAGUUUUGUGUGGUAGCUCAUUUAAAUGCCAAUUGAAAAAUAAAACCAGUAUGGAAUGUGAAACAAGCAGAGCAUAUUUGAUUCAUAUCAGCUUUUUGAUAAUUUUCAUCACUUGACAAAUUGAGAUGACUGCAACUCUUGACUCUCUCAAAGUUGUGGCAGCUUAUCUAUAUAUAUGAGCAUACCAUUUGAAAAGAAAGUAGGAUAUAUAGGCACGUCAUUGAGACAAGCAGGCCUAGUGUUUAUUUGACUAAAAACAGCUGUACUGGUUUAGUUUCUGGUUAGAACAGACAUCUGGAAGGAAAAAAAAAAAAACAGUACUAGGUCCCUAUAUAAAAUGGGGAAAUUUCUAAACAUUGUAAUUUCCUUAUUUUAUUUCAAUGCUGAAAAGCUGAACAUUUAAAUGUUCCUUUCACACUUAUGUAGUAAAAUGGGUUAAAAAUGCAAAAUUAUACAAUAGGAAAAAGAACCCAGGGUGUGAAAUACUUAAAAAUUUUUUUUACCAUUGACCAUGAUAACAGGCCAGAGAGUGAAGGAAAAGAAAUGUAUGUGAAAUUUUACUAUGCCAAAAUUAGAAUCAAACAAGCCUCCCUCAAGUUUAUUAAUACUUCCUUCAGCUACUAAAUGAAAUAUUGGACCCAACUCUUUGAGGGGAAAUGAAGAUACAUGUCAGAAAUAGAAUUUAACUUAAAACUGAUAACUAUUGAGCAUAUUUCACCAAUACCCAGCCACUUGUAAGCUCUUAACAUUUUAAGAAAGUUGUGUGGCCUGUCACACUUAUUUAUGUUACUUGUUUUGUGUAGAGUAUAAAUCUUGGGCUGAGAACUUGGUGGUUGACAGCACUUGGUAUAUUGUUUUAAAUACUACUUGUAUUAGUUAAUACUGUGUAGUAAUAUAAGAUAUUAAGAGCAUCUAGAUUGUUUGGGAGACUUUUGGUUUCCUUUCAGAAUUUUUCCUUGUUACCAAGUGGAAAAAAAAGAGGAAUGGGCUAAUGAGAAGGGUUCUUUUCUGAAUGACUGUAAUAUUCCCAGUUACUACUAUAUUCUAGAACCCAAGUUGGGUAGGGCUGCUCUAUACUUGAGCAAAUCUUAAAUAUAUGGUUUCUGACCCUUUAUUUUUCAGCCCUUGUUUGAAAAUACUAUAGCUUUCCCACAAAAAGUUUAAAUGCUUCAGUCAGUUAAAUUGUGUUGGUGUGCCUUUUUGUGGAAACUUCUGGUGUUCUAAAACCUAUAGUGUAAUGGAUUUUAACAUAGAGAAAAGAACAUGGGUGCAAAAUACCGGACCAUUUCAUCUUAAGAUUUGUAGAAAUGCAUUUUAGGGUUAUGAGACUUAUUUUUUAUUUGUGUAUCACUUUCAUUGCACCUAUUAUCACAGUUCACUUCUCAUGUGUUUCAGAAAGAUCUACCUCUUUUCAGACUGUAAGUGAAAGUAACAAAAAAAAGGGGUGCAGUACUAAGUGCACUGCUUUAUUUUUAUAGCUCACAUCUUUCAUGGAGAUAACAGAAUCGAUGAGGCAGUCUUACUUUGUUUUUCAAAGACAUUUUGUAGAGAUUUUUCACUAAUAUGAAUCUUAUUUUCUCUGCUUUGUUAAGGUUUAGUAAAUACGUAAUGAUUAACUUAACAGCCUCUGUGUAUUCUUUACAUUUAAUGACUUUAGUUAUAAAACAAAUUCAAAGAUAAUUUUUAUAAACAGCUGAUUUCUCAGGUCUUAAAACAUAGUUAAUUAUUGCACAGUUUAAAUAAGCAGGGAGUAGAGGAGACUCCUCUCUGAUUGGUUGGCAAAAGUCAUUCAGCCAGAGCUCUCUUAACAUUUUUUUUCCCUUUAAAGUAGGUGAUUCUAGAAUAUUUCUGUAAUGUAACUUUUGGCAAAGCUUUAAAAAGCUGCAGGGAUUGAAUUUCUCUAGUCCUAGCUGAUCUUGGCAAGGACACAUAUGUAGAAUUUCAGUGAUUUUUAUUUAAGCAAAAAUUAAGUCCAUCUAAUCCUAUGUAAGCAAGUAAGCAAGUUUCAUUUUUGAUUUCAUCAAAAUUAGAAUUAUACCAUAAUCUUUUUAUUUGCAAUACUUGAAAUAAGUCAUUUUGAAGUAUUACACAACCUGGUGCUUAGAAACAUUUCCACGUAGAAACAAUAAAUUGUAUAAGUUUAUUUAAAAAAUAUUUUUGUUGGAUUUAUUAGGGUGAUAAUUGGUUAAUAAAGUCAUACAGGUUUCAAAUGUA